AUGACAAAAUACAAAGUUCUUCGCUAUGAAUUUAAAUUAAGUUUUAAGGAAGAUAACUUUGCUUUUCAUUGCAAUGGAUGUAUUUUUAAAGUUAUUUAUUUUUAUGCUGUGCACAUUCAAGAGAAAAUCGUCUUGUUGAUUUCCAUUGACUUGUUUGUAUACUUUGUCCUCACUAACCCAACCUUACGAAUUUUGUCGGUACUUGGUGGUCUAUGUUUUCGUUACAUCUCUGGUUUUUUUGAAAUCAUCCAGGAUAUGAUUGAUACAAAAGAGCAGGAGUUAAAAUUAUCAGGUGAUCGGGCAGCUCAACUGCGAGAAGUCAAUAACAAGUUACGUGAACGCGUUAUGAACGAUGAGAAGCAAGUGGAUCGUAUGAUAUCUAGAUUACAGAACGUAAAGCGAACAAUCGAAGAGUUACGUGCUUCCAUUGAGAAAUCUAAAUCAAUUAAAAUCGCUUACUUGAAACAAAUCGAAUCAGAAAAUCCUCCUGAAGAUUCAUUUUUCCCAUGUGAAUUUGAAAAUUCUACACUGAUGCAAGUUUAUAAAAUGAUCCAACCAUUCGAACGCCUACUUGGAAUUCAAAUACAGAAAACGCAUACUGGACUACUACAGUUGCUAUUUCAUGGUUGCUCAGAUGCUCUGGUUGGUAAUGAUGAAGUAAUUGUGUGCUGUUGUCAACUUCGUAUUGUAAAUACUAAUCGCUUUGAAGUCGUGUUGUGUGAUCCACCCGUACCGGAUCUAGAAAGGCUAGUAAACCACCUGAAUUGGACUGAAGAUAUACGGAGUUUCAUUAUUGUAUUAAGACAACGUUUUUGUCGUUACUUUGAACUAGCUGCAGCAGUUUCGAACAAAUUAAGCUCUGAAUGA